AUGCCGUCGUGGCUUUAUAUAGAAGACUUUCCACGAACGAUCGUGCAGGCCAAUAAGCUCGACGAGAUGUUGACAAAGGAAAACACCUCGGUGGAUGCUGUGGUGAUUAUUAACAUGCCGGACAAAGUGCUGGUUAACCGCAUUGCAGGUCAACGCGUGCACUUGGCUAGUGGCGGAGUCCAUUUUGCUCCACCGUGUUCAAGCGUAAAAAAUACAUACACGGUAGAAGAAAGUAAGACAAUCGAUAACUGA